ACACCAGCUGGAGGCCAGGAAGAGAUGGACCAAGGACAGUGCUACUGCACCCAACCUGUCUAAGAGGAGUUUGGUCUUGAGAUGAAAACUUGCUGUGCUCUGCCCUGUGGGGGCCAGAGAUACUGCACAGGCUGAUACCUUCUGCACUGUAAAGAGGAAAAUAAUUGUCCCUAGGAAUUUUUCUUCACUUGAGUAAAAGCAGAUAACUGCAACCUCUAUUGCUGUGCAAAAUGAGCAGUAACAAAUCUUCUCUAUGAGAUGGUGCUCUGCUGAAGAGAACUGAUGGAAAUCAAGAUUGAAAGAAAAAAGAUCCCAUUAACCAAUAACCAGCCAUAUCCUUCCUCUUUUGAGGGAAUCACCACCUCACAAGUCAUUAGAAUCAUUCACUGUUGGCGUAACCAAGCUCAGUCAAGCUCAGUGCUUGGAAUGUUCUGUGAUCCUCAGCACCAGAGCGUUGAAUUCUGGUAACCAAAACUUGAUUCCAACAUUUGAAGACCGAAUGUGUGCUGAAGAGAAAGACAGAGUGGCCUGGAUGAGUAAGUGAAAAGAGCUCUGCGCUGUCUUGACUUAAAAUGUGUCAGAAAUCAUGUUUACAGCAGGAAUCCAGGCGGUAUUGUAUUAUAUCUUGGACACUGUACUAAUAAUGUCCCUCAAAUAACAAAAAUGUGAUAUUCAGCUACUGGAGUGAAAGCAAAAAUAAUCUUGAGGAUCAUUUUGUCCAAAACAUUGGACAUCAAUUACAUGUUUCUGCUUUGGCAACUCACUCUUCAGUACUGAGUUAUGCAACUUUGCAGAAGAUCACUACAAAAAAGAGGUGCGAGGAGAAGAUAAUAAAGAAUGAUUUUGUMUUCAAGUACAUUAGAAGUUGUAAGAUUAGAAUGAAAAACACCUGCAUUACUGCCACUUACGCUGUCUUUUAUGUUGUCAGAUGCCAGGAUCAUAUUUGCAUGGUUACRUCAAGAUUUUGCUUUUUAACAUUGGCCUCAAAUAAGAUGUGAUGGAAAACCUAGCUUUGAAGAAUAUCUCAUCUAUUCUUCAGGAUUCCAUUUGCAAGAAGUUAGUAAUUGUUUAGUUUUGGACUCCAGCAUAAAAAGUUCUGCUUCAGCAAGAUGUGAACAUCUUCAUUGUGGAAGGAAGAUUACACUGGGAAGUGCAAUUAGAGCAGAGAUUACAUUGGAAAGUGAAAUCAGAGCAGAGAAUGACUCAGUAUAACCACUCAGCAGAGCUCUCCCUCCAGAGCACAGCAAAUAAGUCAUUAAAUUUCACUGAAACACCCCUGGCUUUGGAUGAAAGGACACUACUAGGGCUGAAGAUUUCACUGUCAGCCCUUCUGUCUGUUAUAACUCUGGCAACGAUCCUUGCAAAUGCUUUUGUCAUCAUUACAAUUAUCCUGACUAGAAAGCUCCACACACCUGCAAAUUACCUCAUUGGUUCCUUGGCGGUGACGGAUCUUUUAGUGUCCGUGCUGGUGAUGCCCAUCAGUAUUGCUUACACUGUCACCCACACGUGGGCCUUCGGCCAAGUGUUGUGCGAUAUCUGGUUGUCCUCAGACAUCACGUGCUGCACGGCUUCCAUCCUACACCUCUGCGUCAUUGCGCUGGACAGAUACUGGGCUAUCACGGAUGCUUUGGAAUAUGCCAAACGCCGGACUGCUGGCCGCGCAGCACUCAUGAUUGCCGUGGUCUGGAUGAUCUCUAUCAGUAUUUCUGUGCCACCACUUUUCUGGAGACAAGAGAAAGCUCAUGAAGAAAUUGAAAAGUGUACUGUGAACACGGAUCAGAUUCCCUAUACAAUUUACUCAACCUGUGGAGCUUUCUACAUCCCAACCGUACUCCUUGUAAUAUUGUAUGGUAGAAUUUAUGUAGCAGCUCGAUCUAGGAUUCUGAAGCCACCUUCGUUAUAUGGGAAACGAUUUACUACUGCACACCUGAUUACUGGCUCUACUGGGUCUUCUCUCUGCUCCAUCAGCUCUAGCCUGCAYGAAGGGCAUUCAGGAGGAUCCCCAUUAUUCAUCAGUCAUGUUAAAAUAAAACUUGCAGACAGUGUCCUGGAAAGGAAAAGAAUUUCUGCUGCCAGAGAAAGAAAGGCCACCAAAACUCUAGGCAUUAUUCUGGGAGCUUUCAUUAUCUGCUGGCUGCCAUUUUUUGUCAUGUCCUUAGUCCUGCCGAUCUGUCAGGAUGCUUGCUGGUUUCAUCCCGUCCUACUGGACUUUUUUACAUGGUUAGGUUACCUAAACUCACUGAUCAAUCCAGUCAUCUACACAGCUUUUAAUGAAGAAUUUAAACAGGCUUUCCAAAAAGUAAUGCAUUUCAAAAAGUGCUCGUCUUGAUCCUCUCCUCUUGUUACUGAUCUCUGUACAAUCUCACAGCCUACUCGAAGACUUUCUGUACCUUUAUUCCCGAAUUAAGGGRUGGAAACUGCCAUCUCCUCUGCUAGCCUGUGUUGUGCAUGUACCUGACAAYUCCUUGCCAAUUUGAUACUUUCUGUCUGGAGUUCCAUAUCCCACAGUAGAAUUUGUUUAUGGUCUCUGCAGUGAUCCUGUGUAUAUCUGAUAUCAAAAUAGGAAAUGAGCUUUGUAAAGAAUGAAAGAAGCAGAAAGCUGAGUUUGUAUGAUAAGAUAUUGCCCAGUUCUGCCAUGCCUUUGUAACCUGAUGGGAGAGGAAUGUGUGCUUAUCUGCAGGACUUCAGUAUUUCUGGUGUAUAUUAUUAGCAAAUUAUGUAGGCAGAGAACAUUUCUGUAGAAUGGGAUCUAAUGCCUGUAUUUCCUAUGGCAUGUAUCCUAUCCAUUUGAAAUUAGUAAAGCCAUUAACU